AUGAAAAAAGUCUAUGUUACUGUUCCAGAGACAGAUCCACCGUCAAGUUAUAAGUUUAAAGUUGCUUCAACAACAAAAGGAUCUAACUUUAAGGAAUAUGUUGCCAGAGAAGUUGUUUCAUUAAUUGAUGUUGAAUUUUUCUUUAUAAAAUUAGAAAAAGGAAAAGAAUGGGAGUUAUUAGACGAAACAAAGCCUUUUUCAGCAAUUUCUGAAGGAAAGCGAAUACGGCUCAGACUGAUUCAGAGAAAUCAAUCAGUUAAUAUCAGAACGAGUUUCAACGAUAUCAAAACGUUUAAUUUCGAUAUAAAGGAUACUAUAGGAAGCAAUAUAAACAAGAUGAACUUAGAAAACCCCGAGCUUUUCGUUCUUUCGUUUAAGAGAAAGAAUGAAAUUUUCCCAAGAGUCUGUUCGAACUCCCUGCCGCUCAUUAUUCAUAAGUGGAAUGGUGAGCAAUUGACGUUGCACCGCCGAAUUCUUCCAAACGAAUUCUCAAAUUCAACUCCAGAAAAUAUUCGCUUCCUUUAUGGCUGUUGUCAGCUUCAGAUCAACGAUAAUGUUGUAUUUUUCUCUAAAAAGAACUGGGGUAUUGCUGCUGGUUACAAUUACUUGCUGGAAGACAAGAAAGACGACGAAAUUCGAAAAACCUCCUUCAUUAAGUAUCUCCCGUCGGUCAUUAGCUUCACAGAUAACAUUCUGAUAGCUGCUAAAGACAUUAUUACUAAGAAUUCUACAUUAACUCCACAAAAAUCUGCCGAAAAAUACGUAGAGCACUUUGGACAGUCCGCUGUCUCAUGUUGCCACUCAGAACAAAUCAAAUUCUUACUAAUUGAUGAUAAAUGGCACAUGCAAUCAACAAGAAUCAUUCACGUUUCCUUAAAUAAAAUUGUUAUCACGAAAAGUAUCGAUGACGACGUUCUAAUUUACGAACUCAUAUCGGAUAUCGUCUCUGUAGACAUAGAAGGCGAGCAUCUUAUGAUUAAAUACAAAAACGGAAUCUCAUGGAAGAUAAAAUCAGAAAUGACAACAAUUCUUUACAAUUGCAUCAAAGAUGUUAUCAAAUUAAACAACGAACUCGAUCCACAAGCUACACAAGUCAUUACAAGAAGCAUUGAUGACUUACCAGGUUUGAUAUUAGAUCGCGAUAUUUCUACAGCCAGUAUGAGCUCAGGAGUACUUCCAAAGGACACUUCUGAAUCAUCUGAUCUCGAAGAGGACAGCCAGGACUCGUCAGAUGACGAUUGUAUUGUAAUUCAAAGUUCAAUUUACAGAUCAAAGAGUAAUCUCAAUGAUUACGUACCAGGAAUAUCAUCGAUUGUACCUCCAAGCCCUCACGAAGACCCUGUAGCACCUUAUUCAAUUGAUCAUCAACUAUAUCGCGAUUUAAAGAUCGUAAAAACACUUUCUAUACCAGAACUUAAGUUUAAGUACGCGAUGGAUGGUGUUCCUGACCUUGCAACGCUUAUUGGAUCUGAGACAAACGAUGCAGUUGUGAAAACACACUAUCUCAAGUAUACUUUCAUCGCUAUAUGUAUAACUUUCAUUCUUAUUAUCAUUAAAAAUUCAUAG